UCCCGAUUAAAUACUCGCUUUAAAAUCCGUCCCCAGUCUCUCUCUUUCUCAGCUUCGACAAUUCGACUCUCUCUCUCUCUUUCUCUGUGGCAACAGCCGACCUUCCACUUUCAUCACUGCAACAACUUCUUUCUCUUCAUUCCCUGAAUAACGUAAAUACCAGAAAAACGGCGUCGCAUUACAUGCUCUGAGAAACAAAAUUGAAGCAAAUUAAGUAACAAAAUCCAUGGCUAUAGCAGACCACCACAGCAACAACAAGUCACCGUCUGACUACAACAAUAAUAGUUAUGGUAAUAGUAACAGCAAUAACAAUAAAGUCUGGGGAUUCUUUAAGCUUCCUUUUAGAGGAAGUAACGGUAACACGGUGCCGUCUUCUUCUUAUACAUCAUCAUCAUCGUCAACCCACCAACAUAGCAACACCGCACAAAUUGAAGGAUCCAAUCUUCAUGCUUCUUCGAAUUCGGUUUCUUCUGUUGCUAGAUCGCUUUUGCCAACACGUCGUCGUCUUAAGCUUGAUCCUGCUACUAAGCUCUACUUUCCUUAUGAACCCGGCAAGCAGGUCAGGAGUGCCAUCAAAAUAAAAAAUACUAGCAAGUCCCACGUAGCUUUUAAGUUUCAAACAACUGCACCAAAAAGCUGUUUCAUGCGUCCUCCAGGGGCUAUUCUUGCCCCUGGAGAAAGUAUCAUAGCCACUGUAUUCAAGUUUGUUGAGCACCCAGAAAACAAUGAGAAACCAGUUGAGCAGAAGAGCAAGGUUAAAUUUAAAAUCAUGAGUCUAAAGGUCAAUGGAAUGAUGGAUUAUGUACCUGAGCUGUUUGAGGAGCAAAAGGAUCAAAUAGCAAUGGAGCAAAUACUGCGAGUUGUUUUUCUAGAUCCAGAGCGUCCUAGUCCUGCUCUGGAGAAACUGAAGCGCCAAUUGGCUGAUGCGGAUGCCGCGGUUGAGGCACGUAAAAAGCCUCCAGAAGAUGCAGGUCCAAGAAUUAUUGGGGAAGGACUUGUGAUAGAUGAAUGGAAGGAGCGAAGGGAAAGAUAUCUUGCUCGACAGCAGGUUGAGGGAGUAGACUCUGUAUAGAGCAGUAGUUUAUCGUCUUCAAGGUGCCAAUUCUAUGGAGAAAAUUUUAUAUUAAUUCCACCAUUCAGUAUAUUCAUCCAAUCUUUUCAUGUAAGGUGAAGGAUGUUAUAUUCAGAGAGUAUCGUGUAGGAAAACUCCAACAUGUUUGUGUAAAAAAAAAAAAAAAAAAAAAAGAGAAGAAGAAAAUGUGAGGUGAAUUUUCUGUGAUUUGAGUUGAGUAAAAUUACUAAAACCUUUCCUGUA